AUGGAAAAUAUAUUAAAAGAAAAUCCUAAUAAAAACAAUAAUAUUCAAAUACCAGUUAUUGAUAUUAAAAAUAUUAAUAAUGAUAGUUUUAGAGAACAACUAUCAAAGGAAAUUUUUGAUGCUUGUAGAACAUUUGGUUUUUUUUACAUUAAAAACUAUGAAGACUGUAUAGACCAAGAAUUAAUAAACAGAGUGGAUGAAUUACAAAGAAAAUUUCUUUCUUUGCCAUUAGAAGUCAAAUUAAAGUGGAAAAAGUCAUCAAGUAGACAUGAUACAUUGGGUUAUUUUAGAUUAGCAGAGCAACAUACAAAUGGAAUAUAUGAUUAUAAAGAAGGUUCAUUUUUGCAUAUUCAAAAAGAGGAGAGUAGAGAUUGCUCUAAUGAAACAUCCAUUUUCCCAUCUCAUGAAGAAGAAGAAAUUUAUGGUAUAGUAGGUUUUAAAGAAAAUGUAGAAAACUAUAUAAGAGCAGUAAAAAAAUUGGGUUUGAAUUUAAUAAGUUUGGUAUCAAUCUCGCUUGGUUUAUCAGAAAACUAUAUAGAAUCAAACUAUAUGAAGAACCCAUCAUCAAUGUUAGCUCUACUCAAAUAUCCAUCCUUUGAUUGUGAACCUGAUUUAGAUUCUAAAGAUAAGUGGGGUAUUGAUAACCAUACAGAUUAUUGCUUUAUGACAAUUCUUAAACAAGAUGACAUUGGUGGUCUUCAGCUUAAAACAAAUGACGGCCAAUAUAUAGAUGCUCCAACUAUCCCAAACACAUUUAUCUGUAAUCCUGGUGACUUAUUUCAACUUUUAACUGGAAACAACUAUUUGUCUAUGUACCAUAGAGUUUUAUAUAAUAAAAGUGGGAGGGAUAGAUAUUCAAUACCAUUGUUUUUAGCUCCUGAUUGGCAUACACCUAUUUUUCCUAUUGAAGGCAUUCCAAAAGCUCCAGAACGUCACCUUGAAAACAAUAUGGAUCCAUAUAAAGGUUAUAGUUAUAAUAAAUAUUAUAAAGAAAAAAUUCAUAUCUCUUUUACCUAUGAUGAGUAA